AAGAAAACAAAUACUCCGCGUUCGGAGCGGCCCACGUGGGGGUGACGGCUCCACCCCCUCACGUCCUUGCUCCGGCGGCCGCUGCUGCUGGAGCUCAGAGUGAACCCCGCCCGCUCAGAAGGAGGAGGGAGAGCUGCCAGGCCUGUAGGUCGGAGAUGUUGCUAGAGGAGAUAAGCGCCGGAGACCGGCUCAGCGGGGCUGCCGCCCGGGGGGAUGUGAACGAGGUGCGGCGCCUCCUUCACCAGGAAUUCGUGCAUCCCGACUCCUUGAACCGCUUCGGCAAGACCGCCCUGCAGGUCAUGAUGUUCGGGAGCUCGCCCAUCGCUCUGGAGCUGCUAAAGCAGGGAGCCAGCCCCAACGUCCAGGAUGGGUCGGGCACCUCCCCGGCCCACGACGCAGCGCGCACAGGGUUCCUGGACACUCUUCGGAUCCUGGUGGAGCACGGCGCAGACGUGAACGUGCCCGACGGCUCCGGGGCGCUGCCUAUCCACCUGGCCGUGCGGGAGGGUCACGCUGCGGUGGUCAGCUUCCUGGCCGGGGAAUCCGACCUGCAGCAUCGGGAUGCCGGGGGCCUUACGCCCCUUGAGCUGGCUCGGCAGUGUGGAGCCGGGCAGUUGGGGCGGAUCUUGGAAAGGCACCUCCCUACUUCAUCGUUGUGAACGCGGGGGCCCUUCAGCAGCCAGGACAGCUGGAUGCCACUUGGCACUGGUGGGACCAGCCCCAAGAAGCCCCGAAACAGAGAAUAGGGAAGGGUUGAGGGAGGGUCUGUGUCUCUGGGAGGAGGAGAGUGGUCAAUUCUCUUUCUAUUCCAUGCCUACCCGGGUAUCGAAGGUCCAUCUCCUCCCUGCCCCCACCCCUACCCCAAGUUAUGGUUUGUUGGUGUUUAUUUGUGUGGUUAUUUUCCCCUUCGGUGUGAUGUGAGAAGCUUGGGGGAAGGCAAGGGCUGCAGAGAGCCAACUGAGCAAGCAGAGAAAGUCUAGCCAGCUCCUGGAUACAGCACGGAAGGUGACCUGAUAAACGGUUCGGUUCUGCCCCUCUAGCCCCAACCCCUUCCCUUCGGGCUGGCACAGCUCGCGGAAGCUCUAGGCCUUUUAUGAUGAUCUAGGGCAAUGGCUCUCCCUAUCCCCUCCCUGGUCCAAAGUGGCAGGAGGCUCCACGUUCCUCCCACACUUUUCGCCCCACCCCCACCCCACCCCAACACCUCAGGGGAUUUCUAGGUUCCCAGAAGCAGCUAUCUUUUGGCAAAGUCACCUCAGGGGGGCCGUAGGGGAGAGAAGGGCACUACUUCCUUUUGCAAACGCAGGAACACAAUUGAAUUUUGGGGGAUAAAACUGAGAGAAUGGUGGCGGGGAAGUGUUCCAUUUUCUUUCUUUGAAGGCCUCUUUCCAGCCUCUUGUACAGAGUUUUUAAAAGAUUCUAUUUAUUAUGCUUUCUGAAGAAAUGUUGUGUGAUAAUUUAAUGUUUUUAACCAUUAAAUUAAUAUUGAGCAUUCCUUGA